AUGCCUUACAAUCUCCAUGAAUGCGAACUUUGCCAGGCGAAGAUGACUUUGUGCCAUCGCUCAGCAGAACUUGAAGUCAACUGGACAUUUGGCGUUCGGUCUCACCAAAAGAUAACGGACCCGACUUCAGUGCCGGGUCAUCAAGGAUUUGUCGAGCUUUCAACUCAGAGAAAGACACACCUGCGGUUGCAGAAGAGGGGAAGAGAUGAGCUUUGUGUGUCAAAUAAAAUGUUGUCUGCGUAUGCGAGGACUCGUGCCUGUGCCAGUCUCGUCAUUUUGCCCAUUCCCUCUACUCCUCCCGACCUGGUCUGCUCGGAAGGGACUAGGAACCUUGCGACCACUUGUUGCUGGGCCUCGUUGCCAGCCUGUGCUACAGUCAUUUUUAGCUGUUUCCCAAUUCCACGCGAAUUUGUUCAUUCGUCUUUCCCCAUCUCUUUUGGCCUCUUAAUCAGUUUGACCCGAUUCGCCUCGUCUCCAAGUCACAUUCCGCUCGGCGAACUCGUCAUCUGUUGCAAAUGUGCCCAUUUUGAAACAGUUUGCAAAAAUAUCACCGACUCUUUCACUACCGACUCUUUGACUCUCUUCUUCCUUUCACUCAUCAUCUCGGAGGCAUUCGCCGAGUUAUGCUCCUUCGCCGCUCUAUUUCGGCAACGUUGCACUUUCUCUCUCAUUCUCUGCUCUCCUCUUUCUCCCAAUUCAACCCCAACGUAG